CAGUGCUUUGCCAACAUUCAACUACAAAACGUCAUGCGCGUUUUUGCGUUAAUUUUCCAUAAAAUGCAAUAAAAAUAUUAAUAAUUCUCGUUCCAAUAACAACAAUUUGAAGAUGAAAAUGCAAUUUUGUUGUCCUAGCUACGUUUGACAUUCGGAUUUGUGCGCCAUUUUGGAACCGGACCGUGUGAUCGUUAACAUUGUCGGAGGUAAAGGGGGAGGAGGGAGAAAGAGGUAUUCUGACUUUCCUUAUCUCUCGAGGACAAUCAUGUUUAAGGUGAACCCAGCGAGCCAACUGAAGACUCACGACUUAAUCGAACUCGUCAAAAAACGUCCGCAAAUAUGGGACAAGAACUGUCACGAGUAUAAAGACAGGUACAGCAUCAAGAGAGCUUGGGUGGAGAUCUGUGAGGAGUUCGUGCCGCAGUUUAACGAACUCAAGGAGAACGUGAAGAAGCCGAUUUUGGAAAUGGUCACCAAGAAAUGGAACAAUGUCAGAGAUACCUAUUUAAAAUCACUCAAGAAUCGUACUAAAAAGAAAUGUAAGCCGUACAUACACGCGAAUCUGCUUACAUUUCUAGACUCAAAUUACUACGACCUGUGCGACAAAUCCAACGCUCUCAACCAAGAUGAUCAGAGCUAUAUCGAUAAUGAAAACCAAAAUUCGGAUAUGGAAUCUGAGCCAUACAUAAAUGAGGUCUUUUUAGACCUUGAUGAAGGCGAACUUAGUCCUAACAAAAUAGUCAAAACAGCCUUCGCAAAUACAAGUAAAGAGAAUGAUUGUCAGAAUGGCACAGUUAGUGAUGAAAUAGCGGCUAUCUUCUCCAAUCUAAUAGAGAGAGAAGAAGACGAAGAUAGGGCGUUCUUCAACUCUAUAACACCUACGGUGAAGAAAUUAUCAAGCGAUGCAAAACUAGAGUUUAGGAUACAAGUGAUGACGGUGUUAAAGAAUUUGAAGAAGGGUGACAGUUUGAAGAAGGAAAAGGAUCCAAUAGAUGAUGAUGAUGAUGACUGAUGUAUGGUAUUAUAAAGCAAGAGAGGACUUAUUAGCGAAAUCCACGGAAUAGAAGAAAGUCGUUGCAAAGGCCCUAAAGCGCAUUUUGUAUGAGAACCGCUGUCGCCGGUUCAACCCCACUCUCUUUUACUACUACUCCUACAAACAGACAACUACUACUUGAAGUUACCGCUUCUCAAAUGCCAUAGCCAAUUUACUGACAAUGAAAAUUUUAUGUGAUAGAUUGCAAAAUCAAAAAAAAAAACUUUUGUAUAAAUAGCCGAUCAUACUAAGAUUUUUCGCUUUCCUGUGAUACGAAGGGAUCUCCUUGUAUCAUAGUAGAUAUUUGAUUGUUUGCCCUGCAGGUUAUAAUGCACAAGACGACCUUUUAAUAAACUAUUUAUUAUUAUUAACGGCCUCCGUGGUCCAGUGGUUGAGCGUUGGGCUCACGAUCCGAAGGUCCCGAGUUCGAAUCCCGGUGGGGACAUAUCACAAAAAUCACUUUGUGAUCCCUUGUUUGGUUAGGACAUUACAGGCUGAUCACCUGAUUGUCCAAAAAGUAAGAUGAUCUGUGCUUCGGAAGGCACGUUAAGCCGUUGGUCCCGGUUACAACUUAAUGAUGUGAGAAAGUAGUUACAUGAGCCAUGUAACAAAAACCUUUGGCGGCUCAAUAGUAACCCUGACACCAGGGGUGAUGAGGUUGGUAUUCUACCUCACAACCCACACGAUAGAAGAAGAAUGAAUAAUUGCCGAGCUCCGUGCAUCGUACGGUUUGCAGACGAGUAAAAGCAAAGUUGAAGUAUGAACUAGCUGCUGAUACUUGUACGGCGCGCGUUUUGCGCUCACUUGGCCCUUUCAACCUGUUUCUUCUAUACCGUGGCGAAAACCAAGUACUUAAGCGCCUUUUUCAAAAAUCACAUUCUGAUGUGAUUCAUUCAUUUCUUAAAAAAAAACUCGAUUUCUUUUGAUUAAUUUCGACACUGGUAAUAAAUGAGACCACAAAUUGAUGG